AUGCUCUGAUGCUCAUCUUCUUAUGGGCUAUAGCACUCGAACGUUGGUACCAAAUGCCAAGAAGCAAAAACACCCACUUAUUUAAAUGCUAAACUAGCCGUUAUGAACUCCACUUUAUCUCCUUCUUGCUUCUGCUUGGACCCCUCCUCUCUCUCUCUCUCUCUCUCCCUUAACUCUUCUUUUCACUUUCUCUUUCCAAACUCAGAAAAGCUAUAAUGGCAAUCUCAGUGGAAUCAUCUUCACCAUCCCGGUCUCUCGUUAAGGGAUCGUCAUCAUCAUCAUCACCCAGACCUAUGGGUCCUUCUCCAGCACCGAGCCCAUCCUCAGACGAACAUUUCUGGAGCACUCUUCGCAGCCGGGUCGAUGUUCUUCUCGAAAACCGCAAAUCCCUCGAUCAAACUGGUGGAGCUGAGGAGAGAACGAAAAGAAUGAAGGAGGAUACUAUGCUUCUUCUGAGAGGAUUUGACUCUGUCUCUUCCACUCUGUCUCAGCUCUCAAGCAAUCUGGAAACUGCCCUUCAGGGGGCAAGAGAUCUUGCGAAACCGCCCACAUUGACAGAAAUACUUCACAGCAAUCUGGAGAAUGCUAGAAGUGGAGAAAACAACCCAGAAGCAGACAACAGGGGAUUAAAGAGGAAGUAUGAAUCCAAAGAAUGUUCAGAUGAUCCAAUUCAAGAUGAGUCUAGGGAUGAAAAUGUGCAGGGAAAGAAGGGAUUGGGGAAGCUCAAGAUAGCCAAAAAUAUUGCGGUUUCCAUGGCGACAAAAGCAGCUGCAUUUGCCAGGGAAUUGAAGUCAUUAAAAUCAGAUCUGACCUUCGUACAGGAGCGGUGCUCUCUGUUGGAGGAGGAAAACAGGAGGCUCCGUGAUGGGUUCCCCAAAGGUGUGGUUCCACCUGAAGAAGAUGAUCUGGUGAGGCUUCAACUGGAGGCACUUCUGGCGGAGAAAUCGAGGCUGGCGAAUGAAAAUGCAAACCUGAGCAGGGAGAACCAGUGUCUUCGGCAGCUAGUGGAGUAUCACCAGUUUGCUUCGCAGGAUCUGUCUGCAUCCUAUGAGAAUUUGCUGAAAAGUGUGGGUACGAGCCUGGAUUUUACACCAGAUGAGGAGCAUGGAGAGUUGGAAGCAUCUCCUGGAGAUAUAUUAGGGCUUUUCAAAUCCCUGGACCAGUGCUACGAUGAUGAAGACUGUGAAAAACAAGAAUGAUCCAAGCACACUCCACCAUGAAGAAUAAACAACACCCUUUUUGUAUAGAAUAGAAAUUAAUAUUGGCCAUGUUUUUUCCAUUCAAAAAGAGUAAUUAAGUUCCUAUUUUGGUAA